CAAAACUGCUGGAAAGCCUAGAUAGCUUCCUCACAUCCUAAAGUGGAACUCGAGCCCAUAUCAUUCUGGCUGAGAAAGUGGUGCCAGCUUCAAUGCAAUGCAAAUGGGUCAAAUGUCUUCUGUUGUCCAAACCUUUUUUGAAAGCUCUCCUCCAGGAAAUACUCUUAUGAACAGCAGUAAUGAAAUGGAUUCUGCUGUCAUUGGAGGUGUCAUAGCUGCUGUGAUCUUUGUGGUUAUUUGCCUCUUCGUGGUUAUGAUCCGCUACCUGUACAGGCACAAGGGCACGUAUCACACCAAUGAGGCUAAGGGCACAGAAUUUGCUGAGAAUGCAGAUGUCGCUUUGAAGAACGAUCCCAACUUCCAAGACUCUGUGGACGAAAGUGAAAACACAGAAGCUUGAAAAUCAUAUCUUGGAUUACAAUCUUGUUGGUCUUUGCUCCUGGAGGCUAGAUUUUGCGUCAUUGCCUAUCAGACUGAUUAUAGUUGGAGCACUUGACAAGUAUACAUCUUGUGGCUGGGGGACGGAUUGUUAUGUCACAGAAGAAGGCCAUUCAACCCAUCCCAACUUUUUACAAGAACAAUCCAAUCAGUCCCAUUCCCCAGCUCGUUCCUGCAGUCCUGGAAAUAUUUUUCCUUCUCAUACCAAGCCAAUUGUUCUUUUGAAAUCCAAUAUUUGAAUCUGUUUCUACCAAUGUUCACGAAUCAGAGGGAGCAGAUUUAAUGUGAUUGGCAAAAGACCAAAGGAGACAUCAGGAGAUACUUUUAACAUGUGUAAUAGUUAUGAUCUGAAAUGUGCUGCCUUAAAACGAAUGAAAGGUGAUUGACUGGAAAUGUUAGUGAUGUUUCUCUCUCCUGAAUUAUUGAAUAUUUUCUGAUUUUAAAUUUCCAGCAUCUGCAGUAAUUUGCUUCUGAAGCCCAAUUGUUAUGUCUCUUUCCAGAGCACAAGAUGAAUUUGGAUAGAAAUGUUCAUCUUAUCUGGAACACUUUUUUUCUCCAAAGGCAGCUAUACUUGAACAUGACCCACUGUGUAUCUUAAACUAGCACUCCUCAAAGUUUUUUCUUGUGACCAAGGAGAAGCAAAAAUGUUACGCCUUGAAUAAAAUCCGUGUUCCUCGUCUUGUUUGCAAAACGUCACACAAAAUGCUAAUUUUAAAUAAUGAAUAAAUUUAAGCACUAAUUUCACAUGCAAUUUCUUUUAAAUACAAUACGGUGAACAGUUUCAACCUAAGACCAAGUCCAGCCAUCUGUUCACUCCUUCCUAUCAUUAAAUAGUAAGAUAUUUAAGAUAAGAUGAGAUAUUUAUUUGUUAGUCACAUGUACACUGAAACACACAGUGAAAAGCGUCUUUUUGCAUUACUGAGAAUGUGCUGGGGGCCGCCCGCAAGUGUCGCCAAUGAGAAGAUCCUUCACACGGAUCAAACGAUCAACCACAUCUCAUUGUCCCAUUUUCUGGUCCUGUGUCAGCUGUGUGUUCACCUGUCAUCACACAUGACUACAGGUUAGAACAGGGAGCUACAGAAUCCAGGCCAACAACUGUUCCCAGGCCCAAAGCUCCCAGGCCCGGGAUCAUGAGCCUAUUUUCUGAACACAUUAACACCUACUUUCUUCAUUCUGGUUGUAAGAGCAGACAUCAGCUUGUAACAACUCAUCUCCUACAUUUCCAUCCCAGUGAUUUCUUCAUUGUAACACUACCAAAUGGGGAUGAAUUUCUCGGAAAACAACUUUAGGUUUGACUUUGCAUGUACCAAUAUCAUGAUAUGGGAUUAGGACAAUCAUAUGCCGCUUAAGGGCAAUAAUAAGAAGCAUUACCAAUUAAAUUUAUUAUUUUUCAACAAGCAGAACUUAAGAAAUAGACAAUCAAAACUGGCCAUCAUCUGCUAGGGAUAAGUAGGCUGUUUGGAUUCCCCAGUGGUAGACCUUGGGUUCAGCGACAUCACUUGUCUGGAAUUAAAUCCGGUGAUAAACAUUCAACUGGACUGCCUACAUUAAUUGUAAACAUGCUUGGGUGUACAAUGGAGUGCUUCUCAACAUCACCUAUCCAGGGGAGUAUGUCCUCACACUGUCGCAGAGUCUUCCAAUGCAAAAAGAGCACUUGCGGGCUGCCCCCAGAACACUAAACGCAAAAGAUGCAUUUCACUGUGUGUUUCGAUAUGCAUAUGACUAAUAAAGAUACUUUAUCUUAAUUUGCGCCAUUGUGCCCGUUCUAACAUCUGGAAUGCUCUCCCUAGCUGUUGAGCCUAGAGGUCAGUUGAAAAUUUCAAAGUUGAAAUGGAAGCAAAAGACUGCAGAUUUUGGAAAUCUGAAAGAAAACCAGAAAAUGCUGGAAAAACUCAGUAGGUUAGGCAGCAUCUGUGGAGACAGCAAGAACAGAGUCAAGAGACUGAAACAAAGACUUCCAGAAUUGUCAUACUCUGCAUUUCACACUUCCAACUUUUUUUGCUUCUUUUCCCACUCUAAUUGCUGGUAACAAAAGUAAAGUUACUGCAACAAACCAGGUCUCCACACUAUUAUGACGUUCCCUUUGUUGUCUUCAGCUUGUUACUUCAACAGAAUUGUUUCCUCACUUUUCCAGUUGUGAUGAAGGGUUUUUGACCUGACCUGCUCUUUCUGGCUUUUUCUGUUUUUUGUCCCAAAGAUGAAAAGGAUGAAUUUUUGAAAUAAAAGCAGAAAAUGCUAGAAAUGUACAAUAUGUCAGGCAGCAUCUGAGGAGAGAGAAACAGUGCUAAUGUUUCAGGUUAGUGACCUCUCAUUCACAUGAAUAUAAUUUUUUGUUUGGCAAGGGCAAACAGUUAUAGAACCAGCAUGGGUAGAUGGAAUUGGACACAAAUCAUCUGCACUCUUAUAGAAUGAAGGAACCAAAUCGAUGAGUUAAAUGCUCCAACUAGACCAACGUGGAAUGAAAGUUAACAAAAUUAAAAUCAAGCUGAAAAUAAGUUGUGACAAACUUCUGACUGUUAUGGAAGCUUAAGGCAAUGUCUUGAGAUUGGAAGCCAAUGCUUUGUCUAUUUAUGGUUAUAAAUGGGCAAGGUUAACCUGGAAAUAAAAGACAUUUUCUCCUUACAUCUGUUGGAGAAAAUGUACGUUCAUUCGGUUGCUUGCGAUAAGGCAUAAGCCAGUUUUGUUUUCACUUGAAAGUCAUCUCCUUGCAGGAUUUCUUUGAAUACUGUGAACAUAUUGGAUACAGUGUUAGCAGAGGUUGGGUGCUUGACAAAUUCACCUCUAAGUGAGAAGAUGUUGGGUUUAUGUUCUACUCUGGAGAAUGGAGUACCAAAAUCAAUGUAGUUGGUCCGUGUAGUAAUGAGAGAACGCAACACUGUUGGAAGCAGACCCCUCUCUUGGCAUUAAGAGUCCCUAGCGCUAUUGUAAAGAGGACUAGAUGCGAUAUACUGAUUAAUAUUUCUCUAUCAUGAUUAAAAAAUUUCAAUUAUAUCACUGUUAUGUAAUCAUUACUGGAUCUAAACCUAAAUAAAAUUUGAGACAAUUCAAAAUGGUAGAUCAGGAAAAACUAUUUCCUCCGAUGAGAAGCUUGGUAAUCAGAUUUAAGGGCAUAACCUUUAAGAUAUUUGGUCAGCAUGCCAGGGGAACAGUGGUUGGAAACAUUUUUAAAUAGCAAGAUACUGUGAUCUGGAAACCAUUGUCUGAAAGGGUGGUGGCAGUGGGUUCAGUAAACUACCUAAAAGUAUAUAUGUUUAAAAAUAGGGGUGUGGGGAAGAAGCAGUCGUUUGGGUCUAUCUGGGCAGCUUGUGGAACAAGUACAGAUAUGAUGGGUCCAAUACUGCCUCCUAUGAUGUGUGAUUCCAUAAGUCUGUGACAUAUAAAA